ACCCCGAAAGUACGCGGAUAGAUUCAUGUCCUAUUCUGUUACGGCGUGAGUAGCGCCAGUUAUAAAAAGCUUUAUAAACAGGAAAAGUGCACAGAGAUAGGGAUCGGGAAAUUAAGAAAAUGAGGUAUCAGGGUAACAGUGCAAGGAAUGAAAUAGGAAAUAGAUUGAAGUGAAGGGGAGGUACAGAUAGUGACGAGAAAGAAAAUGUGAAUGAAAACAAAACGGAAAUGUAGUAUUAGGAAAGAGUGCAAAGAAAGGAAUAAGUUGAAAACUUAUUGAUGUGAUAAAGGAGAUGAUAAGUAAAGGAAGAAAUGAGAUUGAAAAAAAAAUGGAAGUGAAUUAACAGAAAAGAGAGCAAAGAAAGGAAUAAAGUAGAAAACAUAUUGAAGCGAAAAAGGAAAUGAUAGGGUAAAGAAUGAAAAGAUAUUAAAAAAAAUGGAAGUGAAUUAUCAGGAAAAAUGAGUGAAGAAAAGGAAAAUGGAACAGAAUACAAAUCAAAGGGAAGCACCAGAAAUAGAUGCAGUGCAGAGAAAAGUAAAAACGACUUACUUCCGUAUGUGGUGAUAAUUAUCAAUAAAAUACCUGAACGGAAUUGCCAGUCUUUUCACCUACUAAUAGUGUAGUAAACUUUAGAAAGUUCAUAUAUACAGUCUUAUAAAGUUUCAGAGGAAUCCUAACAUCACGCGACGUCUAAAUUUCUCUUGGAAUAAAAAUAGAAAAAAAUCAAUUCCUAGAAACAAGUGUAAGAUACAAUCAAGAUCUUUGCAGACCUUUAGAUAAGGACACCUGAUGCAAUCUGAGUGGAACACCUGGAUUAAAGAUUUAGGCAUCAUGCGUAGCGUUCACCUAUAAAUAAAAAAAAUGCUUGAAUGGUGUCUCUGUAAGAUUUGCAUUCGUAUGCUGUGUUCCCAGUGACUCUAAUGUGUUCUGCAUGACAGAGACAUUCUUGAUCCAAUCGUCGACGUUCGUUAAAUGGCAAGGUGACCUUUAAGAUGGGACGAGAGAGGUUUACAGAUUGUUUCGCAUUCGUAGAAGUGUUGUGGAUUAAGUCCUCAUUAUUAGUGCAGAAGAAUAAUCACAGAAGUUUCCCAGCGUCGAAGAAUAUCUGGUUGAUUAACGUCAGUGAAAAUCGGUAACCUGGCAACAAAGAUGUUUUCCUUUAUGCCAAACGUCACAGUUAUUGACGGGUACGACCUCAUUAUAGGGGCACCAUCGCUAGGAAAUGAACUUCUCCAAUAUGCUUCAUAGCCUUCUGGACAUUUCGCCACUUUUCUGUCAUCGAGUUGUAAAAAUUAAGCACGCUUACAAGACUUACAAGAGUGUUUCCUCAACUCUUCUCCUCAAAGGAGAGGGUCAACAAAUGGUCUGGGUAUAAUGGUGGUUGGUUUGGCACGGGGCUAUAAGCAGUUGCCCUAGCUUUUCUCUCAGUGCUCAGAUGAACGAACGUAGCGCUCCGUCAGAAAUGUCCCAGCAUUCCUCUGAUGCCGGAAGUUCUGAGAGUUUGCACUCCGGCUCAUCAAGCGAUUCCAAGAAGAGUUUGUUCUUCCACUCGCCUGGUGAUUACCGGUACAGCUUCGGAUCACUUUUGCAUAAUACCCACCUUCAAAAACUGGCGAUAAUACUGGGUAUCCUCGGAGGUCUGCUAUUACUCCUGGGCAUGAUAUAUGCGAUGUUUGGAAACAGCGGAUUCGAAGGACUCAUUCUCAUCAUUUUGGGAGCUCUUGCACUGUUGAUAACAAUUAUCAUAGCUCGGAGGACGUGCUUCGAUGGCAAAGCGGACGACCCCACCUCGACCCCAGCCAGCGGCGGUCCCGACAUGUGCGAGGGGCCGGGCACCGCUGUCGACACGAUGCCCUCCAGCCCGGUCAAUGUUUUCGAAACGUCCGUGCAAGUUCACCUGUACCGGGAGGCGCAACUGCCCAUCUGCUCUUCCUCAAACAGCGUCGCUAACUACCCAAGGCAACGAGACUACAACCCACGAUUUUCGACUUUUUCCAGGGAGGACCUGGAUUCCUCACAUGUAGUGUCGGGCAAUGCCGUGGUCCAGGUGGCCUAUGCUGCCCCUCCUCCUCCUCCUCCUCCUCCUCCUCCACCUCCGAAGGCGAACUCCAGGGAAGACCCCCCAUCUUACGAUGAACUCUUCAGUCAAAGACGUUAGUUAACCCAUCUCGUGAACAGUUCCUAUCAUGCCCAAUACCUUUUGGGUAUUUGUUAACCUUCUUCAAGUGAUAAUUUUAUCAUCUGUUAAUCAGUAUUUGUUAAACUAUUUUUUUUAUUAUAUUCUUCGAUGAACGCUUUAUCGAUGUAUAUAGAGUUUCACCGUCUAACUGAUAAUGUAAAAUAAUUUAUCUUGGCCUUACGUCUGUUGUUGCAAAUGGGAAUAUUUAUGUAUAGAUAUUUUUGUUGAUAAAUUUUCCACAUUAUAAAUCCACGAGGUAAAAA